AUGACUUCAAUUUUUGCUUGUUUUUGACGGUUUUCGGUUUGCAUUUACAUUGUCUACACAUUCGUCAUGAGGGGCUCUCCUACCUCUGGCUCCAAGCCAGAGAAGACCAUGUCUUCGCGGCUGCUGACCAUGAAGUUCAUGCAACGUGCUGCUGCCACAAAUGCUGCCCGUGAAACAUCUCAGCCCGCAUCCACCGACGAGUCCAAGGCCUCUACUCCCCCGAAGCGACAGAGAUUGUCCACCGGCCCCGCUGAAAGUCCCAUCGGCACUCCCAAGUCAGAUCUCGAGGCGAUCUCGGCUGCCCUUGCUGAGGAAGAGGAAAAACGGAAGGAAGCACUUGCACGCCAGGCUCAAGAUUCCGGUGACACCGAAUGGGUGCUCGACUAUGGUGUGGCGGAGCCAGUUGCUCAGUAUGCGCCGCCGCCAUUCAUUGUCGCGGAUGGCUCGCUGGAUGCAGACGACGAUGACAUGGCUGUCGGUGGCCGACAAGCAUACGGCAAUUUCAAACGAAAGAAGAAGACCGCGACCGGUGAAACCGAGGCCGAGUCCGAUGAUGACGAUGUUGAUGCGAUGAUUAAGAAGGAAAGCAACAAGCCACACCGUGUCAAAUUGUCACAACUUACAAGCAUCUCUGGUGGAAGACAUUCGACGAUGGGCGACGAUAAGAAACAGAAGAAGCGCAAACAUAAAUAAAGUACACUUGGAAAACCGACAAAUCUGGAGACAAGUAUGUUCCGGGCCUUGCUCGCCAGAAGAUGAGAUCCGACAUUGCCUUACCAAUAAGUCCCGUUAAUCCUCGCUUGAGCGUGAUCAUGAGCCUGGUAGGCCUCAUAUGUUCGGUCGUGGUAGCCCGUCAUGGGUGAAUAUGAGUACUGGUGGGCAUCGGUACCACUCUUAGGCGCAGUGCCAUACCAUUGGUUUCUGCCAGGAUA